AUGAUGAAGCGUCGAACCAGGAACACCUGGAGCAAGUGCCGAACCAAAGUCAAUAUGAGUAAGCGCCGAACCGGGAGUCCAGGAGGAAACGCCGAACAGGGAGCGCCAGGAGGAAGCGCCAAGCCAGAACACUGGGAGGAAGCGCCUAACCAGGAACACCGGGAGAAAGCGCCUAACCAGGAACACCAGGAGGAAGCGCCAAACCAGGAACACUGGGAGAAAGCGCCUAACCAGGAACACUGGGAAGAAGCGCCAAACCAGGAACACCGGGAGAAAGCGCCUAACCAGGAACACUGGGAGGAAGCGCCUAACCAGGAACACCGGGAGAAAGCGCCUAACCAGGAACACCGGGAGAAAGCGCCUAACCAGGAACACCGGGAGAAAGCGCCAAACCAGGAACACCGGGAGAAAGCGCCAAACCAGGAACACCGGGAGAAAGCGCCUAACCAGGAACACUGGGAGGAAGAACACUGGGAGGAAGCGCCAACCAGGAACACUGGGAGAAAGCCUAACCAGGAACACCGGAGAAAGCCCAACCAGGAACACCGGGAGAAAGCGCGCCUAACCAGGAACACCGGAGAAAGCGCCAAACCAGGAACACCGGAGAAAGCCUAA